UCCUCCUGCUCUUUCUCACUCGUCCUUCUGUCGUCCAGGUCUCCACUCUGUCAUCUUGUCCACAGCUCAGGUUUUUUUGUCCAUCUCUCUAAAACUGUUGUGAAUGGAAAUGUCAAUGGGGGACCGUGUCACCUCCAUUGAUGAGGAAUCUUCUCAUGAACGGGGGCCGACCAUCACAUUCAGCAACUUACAUUAUAGUGUCCAGGAGAAGACAUUCUGCCGUAAGACUGGUCCUGAAAAACACAUUCUUAAAGAUGUGAGCGGCAUCAUGAAACCCGGCAUGAAUGCCAUCAUGGGAGCUACAGGAAGUGGUAAAACAUCACUCUUGGAUGUCAUUGCAGGUAGAAAAGAUCCUGCCGGAUUGCGGCAAGGACAGGUCUUAGUAGAUGGCCAAGUGGUCACAUCUGAAUUGAGGCUUAGCUCCGCCUAUGUAGUUCAGGAUGACAUUCUGAUGGGCACUCUCACUGUGAGAGAGAACCUUCUGUUCAGUGCCAACCUGCGUCUCAACCCAAAGCAUCACUCCAGUACUGAUAAAAACAACCGAGUAAACAUUAUCAUAAAUGAGCUGGGCCUCACAGACUGCGCUGACACCAAGAUUGGAACUGAGUUCCUGCGUGGAGUGUCAGGCGGGGAGAGGAAGAGGUGCAGCAUCGGGAUGGAGCUCAUUACAUCUCCUUCACUGCUGUUUCUGGAUGAGCCAACUACUGGACUGGAUUCCAACACUGCAAACUGCAUCAUUGGUCUACUGCACAAGCUGGCCAGAAGGGGGAAGACUGUGAUCUUCUCCAUCCAUCAGCCACGGUACUCCAUCUUCAAACAGUUUGACCACCUGACACUCAUGCACAAAGGCGAGGUUGUGUACGCUGGAGCAGCAGCUCAAGCCUUGGACUAUUUUACUAACCUUGGAUACCAGAUUGAAGCUUUCAACAACCCCGCUGACUUCUUCAUGGACAUCACAAAUGGGGAAAUAACAUCAACAGCGGCCUUGCACAUUGGAGAGAAAAGUCAAAAAUCACUAUCAGAAAAGUAUCGGCAGUCCCAGUUGUACAAAAUUAUGAAGGAGGAGUUGGAACACAUCAACAAAAGCAUAGAAAAUGACGGCGUAGAUAAAGAGAAGGCCGGCUACGCCACUUCUUUUCUCUAUCAGAUGCGAGUGGUGUGUGGCAGGACAGUGAGGAACAUCCUCAGGAAUCCACAGACCUCCUAUGCCCAGCUGGCUCUCCAAAUUUUUUUUGCCAUUCUGGUGGGCCUCAUUUACUAUCAGAUGCCCUUAACGCUGCCUGAGGCUUUGCAGAACAGGAGUGGUGCAUUUUUCUUCCUUAUUAUCAACAUGGUGUUUGGGAAUCUUUCUGCUGUUGAACUUUUCAUCAACGAAAGAGCGAUCUUCAUACACGAGAAUUCCAGCGGCUACUACCGCACCUCUGUUUACUUCCUGUCCAAAAUCUUUGCUGAUCUCAUCCCCAACCGCAUUAUUCCAAUCCUUGUGUUUUCAGCAAUUGCCUACUAUAUGAUGGGGUUGAAGCCAGCCUUUGAAAACUUCAUCUGCUUCGCGCUGAUCAUGUCUCUGGUCAGUCUGGCAGGAGUUGGCCUUGCCUUCCUCGUUUCAGCCAGUGUGUCAACAUUUGCAAUGGCCAACAUCCUCAUAGCUCUGCCCUUCGUCUUCAUGAUGGUCUUUGGUGGAUAUCUUGUUAAUCUCAAUGCUAUGUUGGAUUGGCUCUCUUGGCUUAAAUGGAUCAGCAUUUUCAGAUAUGGAUUAAAUGCUGCAUUUAUCAAUGAGAUGAAAGGACAAGUGUUCUACAGUAACAACACCAUCUUCCCAGGAGAGUUAUAUUUGGUGAGCUUAGGCCUGGACUACUCUGUUUGGGGUUUCUGGCAGAACAUUGUUGCUCUGCUGGGAAUCAUCAUCAUCUGCAUGAUCUUGGCCUACGUGCAGCUGCGACGAAUCAACCGCUGGAAAUGAUGGACGCCCAUCUUCUCACAUCGCCCAGUAUCACUUCUGCACUCUUUCACUUUACUUCAACAAGAAAAAAAAUAGUUGUGUUUUAUUCUAAAGUCUUCAUAUUUGUCUAAGGCACAUGUCUGACUGGCUGAUGCACUUUCCCCAAGCACCCAUGUUGUAACGUUUGACCAGGCGAUAAGCUCUCACUAAGUGCUGCUGACUUUGCUUAAGUGGGCGUCUAACAAGGGGCAAGCCAGUGUCUGAGUCCUUACAAAGCUGCUUAGAAUGAAUGAGCUAACUUUGGCUGAUGGUUUAAAGAAAGUUUGAACAAAUUUCCCAUUCCACUGGCAUUCUCGGGAUAAAGUAAAAAAAUGGAUUGUCAAAAAAAUGGAGUCAUUGCAGAAACGUUUUUCGCUUAUUUAUUACCUUGCCAGACAUUUAUUUUUAUAUUUGAAUAAUGAUAUUGACAAAUCUACUAAUGUUUAACUUUAACCCAUAGGGUCAAAUUUGCGUCCUGUUUUUCGGCCACUAUUUACCAAAAAGAACAAAUUACCUUUAAAGCCUAGAAUUAAACCACCCCGGGAUAGUCUACCCUACACUUUAGGUACUGUGUAAAAUGAUGUUCACCAGUCCAAAUGUUUGUGAAAAAUUGCGCACAAGAGAGUGUUUCCAUUGGCAUCAUCUGGCUUCAAACCUCUAAAUAUGGAAGAUUCCAUGAUCUCUAUGCAACAGUUAUUAGUUAUGUAAAAUAAAUAUACGUUGAGCACAAAA